AUGCAAUGCAAUGGUUGUAAUUCAAAACUCUAUUCCUGGCUGGUUUCCAGACGUACAUUUUCUCUUUCACCCCCAGCAGGCUAUUAGCGUACGUGUAGCGUCGAGUGCCGGCCUCCCCGUUACAUCUCCAAGCCAAGCAGGUCCAGAGAUCUCGAUCGGUCCUCUUGCAGAAACGAGGAAAGAAAACAUGUCUUCUCGCUGGGUUAGGGCGGAGGUGUACCCGCUGUUCGCGACGACAGGGGUGGCGGUGGGGAUCUGCGUGAUGCAGCUGGUGCGCAACAUCACCACCAACCCGGAGGUGCGGGUGACCAAGGAGAAGCGGGCGGCCGGGGUGCUGGACAACCACGACGAGGGGCGGCGCUACUCGCAGCACGGCGUGCGCAGGUUCUGGCUCUCCAAGCGCCGCGACUACAUGCAGGCCAUGGACAAGGUGCCCACGGACCCUAAUAAGUAGACGACGACGAUAUACCCCAAUGCAUGGCAAGAAGAUAUAUAUAUCAGCACAACGCAACUGCAUGCGAUGCUGCUUGUUGCUGCAAUUAAUCCACUAUACUAUAUACUAUAGGAGUAUUAUUAAUUCCAGUUGCAUCAUGCAUGAUGAUAUACGUGUGUCUCUAUAUGCAUGCGUUGGUAUAUACAAUUCAGAUAUGCAUGGUGUAUACAAGUGGUAGCUAUACGCACGUACACUACAUGCAGUCAUUAAUUUGUACGUCUUCGCGUGCAUUUGGGCUGUCAGCUUAUUAAUUAAAGUUCAUACUAUUUACUAAA